AUGUCACCCCUCACCUCAACCCUCACAUCAACACCAUCACCACCACCACCACCAGACGCCCCAAUCAACCUCGCAGCCCACUACCUAACCACCUACCGCUCCAUCUUCUACCACGCCCUUUACGACACCCCCAACAAAGUCCAACCGUUCCUCAUUCCCUUUUGCCUCGUCGGCGCCUUUCUCUUACCCAUUGCGUUUCUUUGCAUCCCGCAGUACUCCGUCGUCACUACAACCACCGGAGGAGCCAACGGGGAGAGGCAACAAGUAAGGGUCCGAAGAGAAUGGGUCCAUCGGCUGCGAUGGGUCGUUGGUGCGGUUAUCGUUUGGUGGAACUUGGGGGUGGUGGUUGGGUUGCCUGGUUUUGGAGGGCUGGGACUUGGGUCGACGGAGGGAGGACAGGGAUGGUUCACGCCGGGAACAACAACGGCAAGCGCUUGUACGGCUUUGUCGUAUGCGGCUGGGUUGAUGGGUGGGUGGGGAACGAUUUGGGGGUUGGAGACGGUGGUGUUUGGGGGGUAUCAGGGUGUGGCGAUGAGGGUGAGGAGGAGGGUGAGGACAGGAAGGGUGAAUGGACAGGAGGAGGGGGUGGAAGGGGAGCUGAAGAAUGGGAUUGUGAAUGGGAAUUUGAACACGGAAACCAACGGCAAUGGAAACGGCAACCCUGAUACAGCAAACUUGCGGCGAAGGAACCUCAAAGGGAGUGGCAAGGUUGCUUCAUCGGCUUCUACCGAUACCGAGAUGCAAAGUCCAGGCGAAAAUGAACACAAGGAAAAGGGAAAAAGAUGGACAGUAGACGAAACGAUCGACCUCGACAAGUACGAGUACUACUGGGAGCCGUACCCGGACAACGGCACCUUUUGGGAGAGACUCGAUUGGGUCAUGGACAUGUUUAAUUCCUUCCGGGGGGCUGGCUGGAACUACUCCAUCUCAUCCAUCCCCUCACUCCAACCGCCCAUUAUCCCCCCUUUACCAGAAUCCACCACCCCGUCCUCCUCCUCCUCUUCUUCUUCUCAUGUGGAAAUCCUCCCCUACUUCCCAACCGGCCUCCCCGUCUCCUUCGCCAACCUCCCCCUCUCAUCCCACCAACACUUCCACCGCCCCCUCACCGCCCGCUCCUUCCUCCUCUCUCGUCUCCAGCACAUAAUCUGGUCCUACCUCGCCCUCGACUUCUUCACCGUCUCCGCCCGCCUCGAUCCCUACUUCAUUCUCGGCCCCAACGGUCCCCUCCGUCAUCCAACCUACCUCUCCACCGUCGCCUCUUCCUCUUCCUCCCCAUCGGUUCUCCCACCUUUAUCCCUCGCCUGCGCACGCUUCUUAGCGUCGCUACCGCCCUGGGGCCUCAACUUCUUCCGAAGCUUAUUUUCUUUGAGCGGUGUACUAGGCGGGCUUUUUCUAUACAGCUACCUCUGGCAAUUAACCCAAUUUUUCGUUUUGGGCCGGUGGUUAAGACUGGAAACCCACGGGAUGGGGAUCCUGGAUGAGUUGUGGAGGUAUCCUGAUUUGUUUGGGGGGUUUGUGCGGAACGUGCUGGAUCGAGGGUUAGCUGGGUUUUGGGGCGGGUGGUGGCAUCAGAGUUUCCGGGUGGGGUUUACGGGGCCGGUGAGGUUUCUUGUUAAACAGGGAAUUUUGGGCAUGGGGAAGGAGAAAGAAAAGGGAAUGAAGAACAAAAAGGUGGUAGCCACAGCACAAAUGGCCACCGCCUUCCUCCUCAGCGGCUUCCUGCACGCCCUCGGCGGCUAUUCAUCCACCGCCUUCCGCAUCAGUUUCAUCAGUCCUUCUCCCGACGGCGAAGGGGAAGAAGAUCUCCUAACAGGCGACGACAAACGAAACAGACUAGCUCGCUUCGCUGAACCCGUCGGUUUUUUUGUUUUUCAGUUUUUGGGGUGUCUGGUCCAAGCUCUUCUCAUCUCCCUUGUCAAACGAGUCCUCAAACGAGUCACUGUCACUGUCACUGUCACUGGUGGAAGAAAAGAAAAAGAAAAAGAAAAAGAAAAAGAAGUGCCAAGGUGGUUGAAAAGAACAGGAAACGGCGUUUUCGUGCUACUGUGGCUGCAUAACACUCGGUGGAUGUUGAUUGACGAUAUGGCAAGAUCGGGACUAUUCCUGUAUGAACCAGUGCCCAUUUCGGUGUUUAGGUUGUUGGGGCUGGGAGGGAUGCCGGGUGAGGGAAGGAGGUGGGAUUGGUGGAGGUUGGAUUGGGAGUAUGUGCCUAGUUUGUGGAGGGGGAGUAGGUGGUGGGAGGUGGGGUUUAGGAUGUGA